AUGGAAAAGACUGCAGUCAUUAUAGACAAUGGUAGCAGCUUCACUCGGGCAGGCUUUGCAGGCCAGAAAAAACCCACAUUUGUGCUAAGGACCAUGUCUUUGCAUCCCACCUGCCCAGGUGCAAUAUGGGAGACCCCAUGUCAUCUCACUCCAGCUGAGAGUGGGAUAGGCUUUGCCACAGAAUCCAGGACUUACCCACUCAAGCAUGGCAUCAUUGUAGACUGGGACAGCAUGGAAAACCUGUGGAAUCACCUGUUCUUCUGCGGCCUGAAAGCUCUCCCAGAGGAACACCCAGUGCUCAUGACUGACUCCCCGUCUUGCCCCACCACUAACCGGGAAAAAGUGGCAGAGGUUCUUUUUGAGACCUUCAGAGUGCCUGCCUUGCAUGUGGCUAACACGGGGUUCCUUUCCCUCUGUGCCUAUGGCAGAGUCACUGGUUUGGCUGUGGAGGCUGGAGCAGGAGUGUCUCAUGUCACCUCUGUCUGCUUGGGCCAGACCUGGAGGGAGGCCACCUACCGCCUUGAUGUGGCUGGUUGCUUUCUCUCCAAUUAUUUGCAUAACCUGCUGAUGAAGAGCUCCAAUGAUCCCCCAGUUUUGAAGGCCUUGAAGAAGAAGACUGUGAUCCAGUUGAAGAAGCAAUGUUGCUAUGUCUCCAUGGACUAUGAAGGAGACCUGCAAGACCAAGCCCACCAUCACCCAGCAGGAUUCCAGACCCCCGACGGGCACUGGAUAACCCUGGAUAAGGAACGAUUCUGCUGCCCUGAGCCACUCUUCCAACCAAAGCUACUCAACCAAAGUUCCCCAGGGCUCCACCUCUUGGCCUUCCAAAGCCUCCAGAAGAUACCAGAUCACUGCAGGAGGGACAUGAUGGGUAAUGUUGUGCUAUCAGGUGGCUCCUCAAUGUUUCCUGGCUUUCCAGAGAGGAUGUGCUUGGAGUUGAAUGCCUUGUUCCAUGGCACAGACUGUCAGAUUAAACUUCUGGCCACCCCAGAGAGGUGCAUGGCAGCCUGGGCUGGAGGCUCGAUGACAGCAUCACUCAAAUCCUUCCAGCACAUGUGGAUGGGAAAGGGUGAGUACAAGGAGCAUGGUGCAGAAUAUGUGCAUACAAAGUUCCAGUAG